AUGGUGGGUGAGGAGGCAUUCCACGCGGAUGAAAAAAUACGAAGUUCAUCUUUUUUCGUCGGCUCACCUAGGCUUCGGAGGUGGAAGGUUGCCCGCAAUGAGCUGUUCAAAGCUAAAUACUUUGAUCGGCCAGUGGCACGGGAGGAUCUUGUUGAGGAGUUUCACAUGCACAAAGCUGACAAGGAGCUACUGGCGAUACUGCAGAGUGAGGAUUUUGACAAAUUCCGCGAGGAGUGGGAAUUUAAGGACAUGGCCAUCAAAGGUGAGCACUGGAUGAGGCUGUCACUAUGGCUUAUAGCAAACUCCCCGGAGCUUGCUUUGAAGUUCCUUUACAUAACCUGCCAAGCCGAGCAGAGGCCGCUGCAUGUCAUGGUCUGCGAAUGCCUGCUUUUCUUGCGAAAUUAUCCAGAUUUACUUUCUACCUGGACAUGGGAGGGGAAGACCUUUGCCGAUAUCCUCGCUGCUUGCUUAGAUCCAGAACACUGGCCAAUUGUCUAUGCAUCACAGAAAGGUAUCCGUUUCUUCAUCAUGGGAGCAGAUGACGAACAAGUUCUUCGAGCCUGGAAGCUCGCACACGAACGACAAGUGUACACGUCUGCUGAAACCUAUCUUGCUUACGCGGCUCGCUUCACCAAGAUGAAGAAUGUCGAUUUGGCCCUCGCAGCCUUGGACCAUGUACGCCAGAUUGGACAGGUUGGCUUGGAGAUGACAUCCCAACCAGUCAAGUCCCACGGCUGUCUGCUGUUGCUGCUCGACUCUGUCGAGGAUGGCCCCAACGGGCGGAAUUUCCGCAUCCUUCCCAAGCUCCUCGAGAUGGGCAUGCGCCCUGACUUGGAGAUGAUGGAUCUCAUUCUAAGGAACUGUUAUAGGACAGGAGAUGAAGAACUUGGUCGCGAUAUGUUGAAUCACAUGCAGAGCCAAGGCUAUCCGUUGACGACCUAUACCUAUGUCACGCUAUUGUCCGAUGCCACCCGGCGACUGGACCGACAUGAGAUUGAUCGGCUCCGGGAUGAAAUUGACAUGGAGGGAGAGGACAUCCGAACCAACAAGUUUGUCCAGUCCAAAUUGUUCCACGCGUACUUCUGUCUCAAUGUGAAGGAUCAGGCGAAUCGGCCUUCAGACAUAGACAACAAGCACGCAUUUCGCACUCUGCUGAAGAUGUACAAUGAGAUGUACGACAUUGUACCUUUGAAGAAGCUUGGGAUUGUUCCGCAAUUUUAUCAACCGCCAACUACCGAACGAACCACGGUGAGAACCUCGCCUGACGCGGUACCUCUCUUCCUCAUGAUUGCAUCUUACCUUCGGUGCAACAAGCAUGUCUCUGUCACUGCGCAUGUCUACGAACGCUUUAUCGAGCUCUUAGAGAAAGAGGACCCAGUCAUCUCUUCUCUCGCUAGGACGGAUCACACUUGGCACGAGUUCAUGCAUGCAUGGCGUAAUGACGUCCGAGGAUUGCGUCCUUCGAUCCGCCUUGUCGAUACCAUGCAGCGUCUUAGCAACGAAGGCAGUGUCAGCCCGAACAAGCCACACUUCCGGCCGAAGCCGACAGUCUACAUCUGGACGACGUUAAUAUCUGCGUUCCUUUGGAACAAAGAACCGCGGGCGGCAGAGCACGUGAUCGAGAUGAUGAAGAAGAGCAAGUUCAAGUUCAACCAGAUCUUCUGGACCACCUUGAUCGACGGCUAUGCUCGGAACAAGGACAUUCUCAAGGUCGCUGAAACCAUCCGAGCGAUGGAGAAUGAUGGCUAUGAAAUGGACGCGUUCUGCAUCAAGGCGCUGCGCCACAUUCAGGAUCCGGAGCGACUGUGGGAGGCUGUGGAAGAGCUGGACAAGGAGACCGACGAGCAGGUAGACCGAACCACGUUCGAGUCCCUCACCAAGAAAUCGCGUCUCGACGAGAUUCAGGACGACCAGGGCGACCCAGAUUGGCUGCUCGACCAGGGUCUUCAACGCUUGAAGGCCAAACAGGCUUGA